UGGCGCACUGCGGGGUUUGCGCAAUUCCCUGGACCCCGAAGAGGGGCGGCCGCAUUGAGGAUAUGCCGCCUCCCCCUCUGGCCUUCUGGUCUGGGCGUCUCCCCUCCUCUCCCCUAGUGCAGGCUCUCUCGCCCAGCCGGACGCCGCCAGCGCCGCAAGUGCAGCCCAGAGGCAGCGCGCGGGUGGACUCGAGAGGCUGAGAGGGAUCCGAAUGGAUCCCAGACCUGGGGGACCUCAGCCAUACAGGGCACGAUCAGAAGCAAUCAGAAGGCGCCACCGAUCCGUACACCACGAAGGGCAAAGCCUGGCACAGGGUCCUGCAGAAAAUAGAGUUAAGGAGGGCUUCUUCGAGUCCCGGCAAGUGAAGCAAAAUGGAUAAUGAAAGAAACCACUUGUUAUGUUUCCUGUUUUUUUUUUUUUUAAUCAUUUCGUCUUCACAACUGACCUGAGGACUAAGAGGACAGAAGAUAAAACCUUGUGCCCACCCUGAAGUCUAACAGGAGACCCCUUCAAAGCUGAGACUCUGCAGGCAACAUUCUCAAUAUAAAGAGAUGAUAUAUAGGUCCAUUAUACAAUGGGCUUGGAUUCUGCUGAUCUUUGAGUUGAAGAAGUGAAAAUCUCUAUCAAGCGGAGUUAACGUGCAGAUCUGUGGAUCCAGAAUAGUAUCUGUAACAGCUGAGAAGUCAUUCUAGGCUCUUGGCCCAGUGUCUUGGCAGCAAUUUGAUCUAAAGAUGGCCUCCAGGGUGUUGUGGGGCAGCCUCGGCCUGUUCCGCCUGGUGUGGUGUCUCCUUCCACAGACAGGCUAUGUGCACCCAGAUGAGUUCUUCCAGUCACCCGAGGUCAUGGCAGAGGACAUCCUGGGUGUGGAGGCCGCACGGCCCUGGGAGUUUCAGCCCAGCAGUUCCUGCCGCACAGUGGUCUUUCCACUGCUGACCUCUGGCUCUGCCUUCUGGCUGCUCAGGCUCUGGGAAGAGUGGGGGCCGUGGCCUGGCCUGCUGAGUGGCUAUGUGCUGCUGGUGGGGCCCCGGCUCCUUCUGACUGCCCUGUCCUUUGCCCUGGAUGUGGCUGUGUACCACCUGGCCCCACUCUGGGGGGCAGAGCGCUGGAACGCCUUGGUCCUGCUGUCUGGUUCCUACGUCACCUUGGUCUUCUACACAAGGACCUUCUCCAAUGCCAUCGAGGGACUGCUCUUCGCAUGGCUUCUGGCACUGGUAUCCCGCCGUGUAGUAUGGAGCCCCAUACCCAAGAAGCCUGCUCCAGGCCCGUGGUGGCAUGGCUGGCUUCUUGGGGGCAUCGUGGCUGCUGGCUUCUUCAACCGGCCCACUUUUCUGGCCUUUGCUCUGGUCCCCCUCUUCCUCUGGGGCAUUUGUGGAGCCAUAAAUCCUGGUUUCAAGUCCCUGACCAAGGAAGCCCUGGGACUGCUCCCAGGGGCAACCCUCACAGCAGCAGUGUUUGUGGCCGUAGACAGCUGGUAUUUCUCCGGUCCAUCUAGAUCCAGUACCCUUGUGCUCACACCUGCCAACUUCCUGCACUACAACCUGGAUCCUCAGAACCUGGCAAGGCACGGCACACAUUUGCGGCUCACUCACCUGGCAGUCAAUGGCUUUCUGCUCUUCGGGAUACUGCAUGCCCAAGCCCUGUGGGCUGCGUGGCAACAGCUGCAAGCCUGCCUCCAGGCCUUUGCACGAAUGGGCUUCCUGAGGGUGCUGGACGCCCGGAGCCUGCUGUCCAGCCCCCGGCCACACCUCCUGCUCCUCUACUUCAUGCCUCUGGCCGUGCUCUCUGCCUUUAGCCACCAGGAGGCUCGGUUCCUGAUCCCCCUCGUGGUCCCCUUGGUCCUGCUGUGUAGUCCACAGACACGACCUGUGCCUUUCAAGGGCACCCUGGUCCUCUUCAAUGUCCUGGGUGCCGUCUUCUUUGGCUGCCUGCACCAGGGGGGGCUGGUGCCAGGCCUGCAGCACCUGGAGCGGGUGGUUCACGCACCUGCGCUCCUGAGUGUGCCGACCCGCUACACACUGCUGUUCACCCACACCUACAUGCCCCCCCGGCACCUCCUACACCUGUCAGGCCUGCGGUCAUACGUGGAGGUGGUGGACAUGGCAGGCACUGAAGACCAGGUCCUGUGUCAAGCCCUGAACAAUGUCACCAGACAACCAGCCUGCCAGGUGGCCACUCGGUCGUGGCUCUGCCGCCUUUUUGUGGUGACCCCUGGCACCACCCGAUCUGCCCUGGAGAAAUGCAGCUUCCCUCUCAGAAGUGAGACACUCGUGUUUCCCCACUUGACUCUGGAGGACCCACCAGCCCUGUCCUCCCUGCUGAGUGGGGCCUGGAGGACCCAUCUCAGCCUUCACAUCCUGGAGCUGGGGGAGAAGCCUGACAAUAUGACAGAAAAGCCACUGUUGUAGGUGAAGGCACCACUCCACAUUCUACGGAGUAGGUAGCUGAGCUGGAACAAAGCCUUCGUUCUCUUCCUUUCAUUUCCCUUCCAGAAUUCUCACCACUGACUCACCUGUGCACAGCCUUUGGCUGCUCUACUCUCUGGGUAAUCUGGCAUCUUUUCCCCUCAAAGACCAAAUAUCUGACCAGUCACAGACCUGACGCCAAGAUCCCAAAAGAACCUGGUAUAACCAUAACCAAUGGUGCCGAAUGUCAGUUCCUGCCCUAUACCUUCCAGCCACUGGGACGUUUUAAAUAUAUGAUAGUACCUGGUUGUGAAGAGACAACCGUCUGUUAAUGACAUUCCUGAAUGACCUCCUCCAAACCUUCUAAAUGCCUUACCUUUUGUUGUCAUGACAACCCUUUGGCUUCCUAGAUACCUAGGAGGAGGUAGUGUGGUGAUGUAGACAGAGUAGGCAGCGCAGAUUCAGGGGACCUGAGUUCUAGUCCCUGGUCUGCCACCCACUGGCUGUGUGAUCUUAAGAAAGCCCCUUCCCCUCACCCAGCCUCAGUUUCCCAACCUGUACAAUGGAUCAGAGAAUCUCUGAGGUGUCUGCCAGCUAACACUGUGUCAUUCCUGGGUCUGCAGCACAUGUCCCCUGGUUAGAUAAACACAUCUCUCCCAAAGCGCUUUAAGCAACGGAGUGGGUGUGGCGGUGCAUUUAAUUGCACUUGGGUGACUACUAGCUCAGUAUUCAGUUAUUACCAAAACAAGUAGUUCUGGAAUUUUUCUCCCCACUCCCUCCUACUCCUGUUCCUGAGAGAAGUGGUGGGACAUUUGGCAUCUCACUCUUUAAGGAUUAUUAUCCCAGAUUGGGGACCCCAGAUGUUUUCCCUCCUCAGCCUGUCCCAGUGGGAGUGGAAAGCACACGAUGUUCAGUCUGUAUCUGGUGGCACUUGAGGUCCACCUGGUGCUCCCAGAGGCUUUUCUUCUUACAGUUGACCUCAAACCACUCGAAGGCCUUGUCUGAAACCUUUCACAGGACAGAGAGCAAAUCCCACGCCAAACCAACACCUGCUGCUUUGGUGGAAGGCAUCACACCCCUGAGCAUGUUGCUCCCCACAACAGUGUACCCCCUACCCAGUCCACUGGGAACAUAAGGACCUGUGCCACGAGGAGCGGUGGCACUACACCUGUCCUCAUUCUCCUUCCUCAUAACUCGGCCAUCUCGUUGGGAUCAAGAGGUACCCAGGCCACAGAGAUCAGUGAGCAGGAGCUCAGCACAGAGCAGGAGACCAAACUCUACAAAUGGCUGAGACUUAGUCCUUUUCUAAUCCUGCCUUCUGCUGGCUGAAGUCUUGGGUCAUCUUAACGCUACACCCUUACAGGCAGUUACUGCUCUGUAACUGCUGCUAGGGUCACAGGUCGCAACGUCCUCAUGACGCCAACCCCAAGGAAGAGACAGUUGUUGGUAUGCUGGUCAAUGUUUAGCAACCUGUUCUCUAGGGCAAAACAAAGCCCUGAUUUGUAGCAUUUGCCAAUUUCCAUGGUGUAAAUACUCCCACAUGGCUGAUUCCAACUACUACCAUGAUUCCCCGAAAAUAGGACCUGACCGGAAAAUAAGCCCUAGCAUGAUUUUUCAUGAUGACAUCCCCUGAACAUAAGCCCUAAUGCAUCUUUUGGAGCAAACCUUAGUAUAGGACCCGGUCUUAUUUUCAGGGAAACACGGUAAAAUGAUGUUUCUGAACUUUAGGAGGUGCCAAGGAUCUGCUCUCAUAGACAGUACAAGCUGGCUCUAACACACCAUCGGACAUUUCCCUGCUUUCAACUCUAUUGACCCAUUUGUGACAAUUCAUCAUUCUCAUGGUUUAUGUUUUACUAUAACCUGUGAUUUGACUUCCUACCCCUAGUGCUUAGCACUAUCUCCGGCACAUAAGCAUUUAUUUAGUUUACAACCAAAGAUGGCAUUUCUGCCCAGAUUAAAAACCAAGUGCCACCUUGGAGACACCCAAGACCCUAGAGUCCCAAACUCCUUGGGGCUUCUUGGGACUUCCGCCUCUUCCCUUCCCCAGCUGGGUCCACAAUCUCAGAAGUCCCUGGAGAAACUCGUGGUGUAGCAGUCCAUGUAGGUUGUGGUGGUCUGAACUCUAAUAAAUUUGUCUGUAAAAUGUUGGUAGCUGUGUGGCAUCUAAAGAUGAGUCAGAAUUGCCCUGCAGGAUGAUGGGAUGAGUUGCUUCCCUGCUUCACUUUCUGAGAGAUCUUAGAAGAGCUUGAAUGGCAUGAUGGGAGACUGUUGCCACUGGGGGUGGUGGAAAGAACUUGGUCUGUUUCUUUAAUAAUGGGGUAACUAGUGGGAUGGCAAGUCACUGACUACAAACAAGGGAGGCUUUUCCAGUGAAGGGGGGCAGGCAGCAGUCAUCUCUAGAACAGAAAGGACCCAGUUUUCUCUCUGUUCCAACUCCUUCUACAGAAAUGGAGGGAACUUAAGUUCUUACAUAUUUUUUCCACACACAA